ACGCGCUCCCCUCCAGCCCUACCGAACCGGGAUAUCCCUCAUUAAACCUUGGACUGAACCCAAGCCGGCACCGAACCGAGCCGUGCGCGGUCGGGAGGGAUGUAGAGAUCAGCACCGCGGAGAGCGGCCGUGCCGAGCCGUGCCGGGGCCAUGGCCAGCGUGCAGCAGGGCGAGAAGCAGCUCUUCGAGAAGUUCUGGCGAGGGACCUUCAAAGCCGUGGCCACACCGCGACCGGAGAGCAUCAUCGUGGCCAGCAUCACCGCCCGCAAACCGCUGCCCAGUGGGACACUCAGCUGCCUGCCGUACCCUGCCGAAGAUCGACGUCCUGAGAAGCUGAGCAGCUGUGUGUCCAAGGAGACCUCCACCACUAAUGGCUGGGCAAGAGGGAAGGAGAGACGCGACCAUGCUCACCACAGGUCACGCAGCCCGUCGUGUGAUGGGGAACAUGCACCACCGCCGGCCCGGGGGAAGAAGAAGAAGAAGAAAUCCAGCCGCAAGAAGCGACGGAGGUCUCCUUCCUACAGCCCCUCGCCUGUGAAGAGGAAGAAAAAGAAGAGCUCCAAGAAACGAAAAAGAAACAGGUUAUCCUCAAAGAAGAGAAGACACAGUUCCUCAAGCCCCAAAAGUAAGAGAAAGGAAGAAAGAAAACACAAAAAACACUCCCGUGGGCGCACCCGGAAAGCUCACCGCCACCGCCGCUGCCACUCUCGCUCAGAGAGCUCUGACUCCUAUUCCCCGAGCUGCCGGAGCAGGCACAGAGCCAGGUCUCGGGAGGAAGGGCGUAAAGCACGGCGGAGACGCUCCCAGCGCCAUGCAAAAGUCCCAGCAAAGAGAAGCUCCUCUGCAGAGGUUCAGGCCAGCCAAACCCUCCCACUGCACAGCUUCCUGUCUCCUAAGGAAGUCAUCUCUCAGUCAGGGUCUUCUGCUGACCUCUUUACCAAAACAGACAGCCCUCCUGGCCACCUAGCCAGCCAGAACGGAGAGUGUCAUGAAUAUGACUCAGGAAACGACACUUCUUCCCCUCCCUCCACUCAAACGAGCUCAUCCAGGUCAAAGGACAGCCAGGAAAAACGAAGUGUAGCCCACGAUGGCUUUGGCCAUGCCUUCUCAUCCGGGAAGCCCAAAGUGGCCAACGGUGAUAACAGCUCUGAUUCAGGAAAUUCCUUCACCAGUUGCUUUUCCCAGACCAAGGCAAUGGCUUCGGAAAAUCUGUCUCCAGAUGCCCAUGGACAAGACCAAAGAGGAUGCCUGUCCUCGUGUCUCAGCUGUUCAGAGGAUAAGAAGCGCAGUGUCCCCCCAUCUCCAGCCCGCAGCUCACCGCUCAGGCCGUGCCCCCGCAGCGAGUCGUGCAGCAGCACAGGACGGUCCUCCCCCGGCUCCAGCCACUCCUGCUCCUCACCCCGCAGGGCCUCCCCCAGGUACUCCCGCAGCAGGUCCUGCUCUUCAGGGAAGAGCCCCAGGUCCUCUUCACGGUCCCCCAGCUAUUCCUCCAAAUCCUGCAAAAAAAGCCCUGGAAGCAGGAGCUCAAAGACUCGCCGGAGCCCCAGUUACUCCCACUACAGCCCUACGAGGGACCGUGAGCACAAGCACAGCUCCAGUGAGAAGGAGUCACACCGGCAGCGGGACCGGCAGUGCCGGCGCUCCUAUUCCCCCCUGAGGAAGCGCAGGAGGGACUCUCCCAGCCACCUGGAGGCCCGGCGCAUCACCAGCGCCCGCAAACGCCCCAUCCCCUACUACCGGCCCAGCCCGUCCUCCUCCAGCAGCGCCAGCAGCUAUUCCUCCUGGUACAGCAGCCUCAGCCGCUCCCCGAGCCGGAGCCGGAGCUACUCCAGCCACCGGACGAGCCGCAGCCGCAGCUGGAGCAGCAGCAGUGCGGAGGGCAGGAGCCGCAGCAGGAGCUCGGGCCCCAGGAGCAGCCGCAGCCGGAGCCGGAGCUAUGACUCAGGAGGCAGCUCCGACAGCCUGCGUCGCUAAGGAGUGCCGCCGGCAUCACCGAAUUCCUAGCGUUCUCCACAUCCUUCCCACCUACUUGGCCAUCGAACGCAAUCAUCCCCGAUACUGAUGCGACAGCAGCACCGGGUCCCCUUUUCUCAUUACGGAUGGAGUAAGAGCCCUCGUGCUCCCGGAACAGCCCCUCCGCUGCCUUGCAGGGAGGGUGGAUCCACGCAGCUCCCCCAGCCAGAGCUGGGGCUGGAAGAGGGGCCAAUGUCCUACAGAGGCUCUGCAGACCCUACGGGGUCCAUCCUCCUGACAUCCCCAUCUCCCCAUCGCAGCCACUCUCCAACAGCUGCCAGCUGCUCCAAAGGAAGAAGUUUGUCUCUUUGCUCUUCUCUUGCCAAAGCGGGAGCCGGCGAAUUAAUUCCCUCCGGAGGAAGAGACACAUUUAGGGAGGAAUUUGCUGGGAAGCUUUGGUGAUGAGUGGACGUGACCUGUCCUCCUCAAAGCAAAUAUCAGGUCCCUGAUACUGGAUCUCUCCUCCCGAGUUUCUGCCCACUCUGCAGCAGGUCUCUGCCAUGAGCAUAUUUAUUUAUUGCCAUACGCCCAACUCUGCUAUAAAUAGAAGGCUAGAAAUCCCUGCUGACAUUAAUUUCUGGGGGGAAAGAAAGGCAAUUCCCUCUCUUUCUCCUGCCCUUUCCUGACAGGGUGUUACACAUCCACCUUUCACAGGGCUGUUUUAUUCCCCUCCAGCAGUGUGAACGCUGAGAAGAGACACAGCAGUGGGGAGUCAGUGCUGCAGAGCAAGCUGGGGCUGCACGGCUCGCAUCUCAGAGACCCCCAACCCCCCCAAAAUUGCCUGUUUUUUUCCCAGGAUCCGGGAGGGCCCUGCCUGCCUGAGCGGCCCUGCGGUUUUGUCUCCCUGCCAGGCUUGCCAGCCCAGCUGCCUGCGCAAUUACUGUGUUUUGCAGAGCAACAAAGGCUUCUCCUAGCACGGGCUGAGCCGGUGCUGAGGAUUUGCUUUCUCUUACAACACCUGGGUGCUUAGAGACGCUAAUUUAGUUCUAAGACUUCCCUCCCUCCCUUUUUCCAUCCCCUCCCCUUCCAUCCUGCGUGAUCAUUAACGAGUUUGGGCUUAAUGAGUCAAGGAGGUGUGUCACUGAAGUGUCACAGGAAAGGGCUAAGGGCAGCCAGCAUCUGUCGGAGGGGGAGAGGGGUGGAAGGAAAGACAAGCCCACAGCCAGGGAGUUACCCACGGCCCCCACUGGCAGCAGGUAAAGCUGUGAGCAGGGGAAGGUCAAACACAAGCUGGAUGAUUGCCUUAUCGAGCACAUACACGCGUUAUCAGUUGGAAAACACAGCAGGAAGGGUUAUACUUCUACGUAGCUGAUGCAGGGGGAAAUUUGAUAACAGGGGCCCUUUUUCCCAUCUCCUUCUCACUGCAAACCCCUCAGGCUGUGGCUGAGAAUCACAGACGAGGUGUUCCUGCAGCGGGUGCUGCUGCCUUCCCCCCACCCCCGCCCCUCAGCAGCCCCGGGCUCCUCUGGUGGGGAGCACCCUUCUUGUAAAGGGCUGAGAACCCCAUGCUUCUUCCUUAGAGAGCCCCUCCCAGUUUGGCACUGUCUCCCUGUAGCACUCCAUGAAAGGUCUGAUCUCAGCCACCAGAGGCCAAAUCCCAAAUCUGCCGCUCUCUUCACAUCCCUCCUCGCCCCCAAAUGCCAACAUGCACCUGCAGCAGCGAGCCAGAUGGGCAACAGCUGGGAAAGCAAAGGGCUUUGUGCAAGCAAGCGGUGCAAACAGCCCAACUACAUUGAGCCCAGUUCCUCGUGGGACGGAGAACAAACACGGCGCUGGAGGCAGCAGCACACGCUGGCAGUGGGACAAGAGGUGCCACGUGGCUCCGGUACCCAUCCGCCCUCACGGCCGGUGGCAGCUGAAGGCUCUCCAGCAUCGGAGCAAAACCUCUUUAUUUAUUUAUUAUUUAUUGACGCACUUAUUUAUUAUCAGUCGCGCUCCGUUUCUGAUUGCUACGGUCGGGUCGUCGUCAGCAGUAUUUAUUUAUUUAUUCUGGAGGGCAAAAGGAAGGAGCGAGGAGCUAUCGGGGCUCUGUGUGCUUGUUUGGGUCUCCCCCCACCAUUGCACGGAGGUUCCCAGGGCUGGCCCAGCACUGGUGGGAGGAAGGACUUCCCCGCGUUGUUUUGCAUUGUGAUCCACCCAUGGAAAAUCUGAGGUUGGGCCGUGAGAGCACGGGAGGUGCCUGCAGAUCCAGCCCGGUGACAGCACUCACUGGGUCUGUGCGUGUGUGUGUGUGUAUGUGCAUAUGUUUCCUCAGUGGUAUUUCUCUCUUGUUUUUUUUUUAACUUAUUUGAGGUUUUCGGUACAAUGAGGACCACCUCCUGUCCCAUCAGUGGGUUUUCUGUCACUUUGCAAGAAGCCUGUGAGCUUUUCUGUCUCCGUGCCUUUUGCCAGUGCUUCCUUUUGUUGUCGUGUGUUCACUCACUCGUUGCUUUUAUGGCAUUUCUGCUCCAUGACCAGCAUGUCAGGUUGCUGUUGUUUGCAAGGAGCAGCUUCCACCCUGGGGCAGCUCGGCCCUUUGGGUGCACACAAAUCGCUGCUCAUUGGCACGGGGGCCAACGGCUUUGGGGCAGUGUCUCAGCCACCUCUCAGAAGCGCCAUCUCAGAGGGUUUUCUUUUCUCAUCCUUCCUGCCCGUUCUGUUGUAUCCAUCCCCACACCCUGGUUGCCUUUCUACAGCAGAGCACGUGACUCAGUGUCCCCCCGUGAUGCUCCCCCAACCCCCAGGCUCUCCCUCCUCUCCCACCCUACACACCAGAUCAGGGUCCAGCAAACCCAGCCCGGUCCCUGAAGUUUUGCUGCGAAGCACAGAGGAAGGGUAUUUCCAUGCCCUGUUGUGUCAUUCCAUUUUGGGUUGCGGCGCCCAGCUGUGCUCUGCUUUAUGUUGACCCCAACUUUUCUCAGUGUUUCUGUUGUUUUGGGCGACUGAAGUUGUACCAAACCUAUCUGCAACGGCCAAUCGAUGUUAUUUUGCUAUGCAUUGUACAUAGAUUGAAAAGGCCGAGAGGACUUGGCCUCUUAUUUAAUAUUUAUUUCUCCUAUUUAUUGAGCAUUACUUAGGAAAGCUGUUCGGGUCUCACCGUUGGGUCCAUGGGGUAUUUGAGAAAGGGACAGUUUUAGGUGUCAGACUGAAGUCUUUAAUGUCCAGCUGAGUUGUGUUAGCUGUGUGAUAGAGGGUGAGCAAUCCUGUGACUCGCUGCCACCUGGAAAUCCGUGUGUGACCAGGAGGGUCUCUGAAGCACUGCAACAUCCACUGCUGUAACAACAGCUCCGCGGUAAAGCAGCCCAGAUUUUGGACUAUUGUAGAGAACAGCACCUUGAACCCCAUCCAGGGAAUGGAGAGAUUUAGAACAACAGCCCAGACAGGAGAAAAGCUGCCAGGGAAACCAUGUCCCUGUUUUCUCUGUUGGUCAGUUCCUUACCAAAUCACACCGGCACAUCUGUUCAUUCGACUUCACUGUAAAACUACCUUUGCUCUCCAUGGAAAUGCAUACUGUAUUCUUUAGUCUUCCUGGGGUAUUUGAGUUGUUAGCCUGUUUAGAAAAGGGUUCCAAUAAAAGUUCAGAUGAUAUCUGGUUCACAUCGCA